AAUUCAGUUGUGAGCUUUAGUAGUGAAAAAAGCGGCAAUGGCACUAGGUAGAAGCAUGAGCAGCACUGGCGCCGUUGCUCUUGGGUUGGUGCUAACCCUGUGCUUCGCAACCAGUGGUUUUAGCAAGACGGAGUGGAUAGUCGGAGGUCAAAAGGGAUGGACCUUUGGUGUUCAUGGCUGGGAGAGGAACAAGACCUUCUACCCUGGUGACGUGCUUGUGUUCAAGUAUAAUCCGAAGAUGCAUAACGUGGUGAUAGUGAAUAAAGAUGAGGAGUUCUUCUGCAGGGCUGGUGCUGUCGGGGACGAUACAUAUACCUCUGGCUACGACAAGCUCGAGCUCAGUAGCCAAGGCCCGAUGUACGCCAUCAGCAGCAAACCUGGAGACUGUGAGAGCGGAAUGAAGCUUGAAGUUCACAUCACAACACAUAGAUGAUCCAUCUCUAUAGGCUGUCUACUUGAUAUGCCUGUCUUUUUUUAUUAUAUUCCCCAAAAAUGGAAGGAAAUCCAAAUUAUGCGCAUGCUCUUUGCCGAUCCGUUCUAAGACAUCUCUAAAAAUGA